AGAAGUUUGUUCCUAGAAGCCUGAGUCAAGCUUCUGGCACAAUGGGAACUGCCCGCCGUGGAGGAGCAACUCUUCCAGCUACAAUUGCCUGGGAUGGACACUUAGGCAGUCUCAGACGCGGGAUCACAACAGGCAGCCACUUGCCGUACACAGCUUCAAAGCUGGCAACAACAGCUGCAGCCUUGCUGGAUGGCCAAGAUUACACUGCCAAUUCGAGUGACUACCCCUAUGAGUACCUGAAUGAGGAGGAUUACAUACUUUAUGGCGUUUGCACCAAAGAAGAGGUGGUCUCCUUUAGCAAAGCGUUCUUGCCAGCUUUUUACACCGUGGUUUUCUUGAUUGGGUUCACUGGGAACGUUCUUCUAUUUACUGUCCUCAUGUACAUCAGUAAGAAAAAGAAGAUGGCAGAGGUGUAUCUGCUGAACCUGGUGGUUUCAGAUUUCCUCUUGCUGCUAACCCUUCCUUUCUGGGCCCUGUUCAUUUCUCAGUGGGUGACCUGGGAUCUGUUGUGCCCGGUCUUAAAUGCCAUGUACAUCAUGAAUUUUUACAGCGGUAUCUUUUUUGUAAGCUGCAUGAGUCUGGACACGUAUCUGCAGAUAGUUCAUGCUUGCUCUCCUCACAGCUCUGUGACACGGAAGAAGUCCUUCCUCCUGUUGUUGAUGUUGUGGGUCCUCUCCAUACUCCUCUCCAUUCCUGAUGCCCUCUUCAGCAGCACGAAGGAAAUGCACAACAAAACCAUCGUGUGCACUCAUGAUUAUGGCCAGAAACACUUAUUCUGGAAAGUUGUCUUUCAGGUCACUCAAAACAUCCUAGGUUUCCUUUUGCCUUUCUUCUUCAUGGUGUUCUGCUAUUCCCGCAGCAUGUGUGUCCUCACUACGUCUCGGGUGCCUGGCUCGAGGACAGCACUCCGCUUUGUCUUUAUUCUGGUGGCUGUCUUCUUUGUCCUGUGGUUCCCUUACAACGUCGUCCUCAUCCUUCACUCCCUGCAAUUCGUUGGUCUGAUCCAGAGCUGUGAGAGGAGUAGGCAACUGGACUAUGCCAUACAGAUCACAGAGAGCUUGUCCUUUGUCCACUGCUGCCUCAACCCUGUGCUCUAUGCUUUUGUGAAGAAACGAUUCAGGUUGUACUUGCAGAAGAUCCCUCAGGUUUUCUGUAGGAAGAGCACCUUUGACAUCCAGCUCUCAGAGACAAGCUGCUCUUGCAGCAGAUAUAUCUCUCAGAUAGAAAUGUUGAGCAUCACCAACACAUGAUAAAUUCUUGCUUGCUUUUGCCAUGUGCCAGGGGGAUGUGCUCAGCCAGGCUCACCCCUUAGACUACCAGGAGAGACAACAGGAGGAACAGGCACUUUUAAGUGGGUCUGACUCACUGGGGUCAAUGAGCUGUGUAUGCCACAUUGACGUGUACUGAGCAGGACACUGUGUCUACCCAAGGGAUGGAUCCUUGGUUUGAGAUCAGUUUGAUCAUCGCAGCACCAGAAUUCAGACCAGUAACAAUCAGUAAGAGAGAGAAAAAAAAACAAAAUGAAAAAGCUCAAUGGAGACCAUCAUUAACAGACAUCAGUUUAACCUCUCCACAGAGUGGCAGCAUGGCUUUAAACUGAACAGCAUGGAUAGCUAUUAGCCAAUCCUUAUAACUGAUGUGGUUUUACAGUUCAUGGUUACUAGUUCACUGACCUUUAUUUAAAAGGAACUCUUCACCCCAAAUGUUUUUGAACUUUUGCUGGGCUUUUUCCAGCAUAGAAAUCAAUUCAGCAUGUUAGUAGGUUAGAACUGUGCAAAUAAAGUUUAUACCUUCAGAGCAAAUUCUCAUCACCUUUGUAAUUUUAUUGAUAGGCAGGGUUACUGAUAGGACUGAGAAGGGUUUUCAGUUGAACAAAAAAUGUGCAUUUGUUUUCACUGCCAUUAUUACCUGCAUCACUGCUGUGUGUUUCCAAAAUGGUUAAGUUGGGAGCUUCAUGAUUCUAUGAUUCACUCAAAAAAACACCAAAGCAAAUAUGUAGCUGAUGCUAAGCUGUAGCCUUCAUUCCAUGGGUCAGGUCUGUCGGGGGGAAUGUGGAAGGGAAGAACAGCUAGGAAACAAAUCUGAGAUACAUAGAGAUCUUCAUCUCCUGACCUUCCCAGGGAGGGCCCAUGGGACUAUGCAGAGCUUAUGAUGGGAUGCUUAGGAGAAGAGGUGAAGGGAGAGAAGAUGAGGGGUGAACUGGGGAGGAACAAGAGUGGGAAAAUAGGAAGCGGGUGGAAGCAGCUUGCCCUGUGCAUGGUCAUCUCCUUACUAAAUCCUUUUCUCUAACUCUCUCACCACCUAAUGUCCCUUUAUCCCACAGUAGGCUGCUGCAAGGUCCACAUGCCAGCAGCAGGAUGCCCAGCGCUGUACUGGGCACAAAGGAUGAGGUCCCUGGGGCCCCCCCAACCCAACAGAAGACAUUGAGGAGCAGAAGGCAAAACGAGUAGAGCUGUUGGAGACCUUUCCUUCUCUUGGCAUUUGAGACCAAAAUAGCUCAGCUUUGUCCCCCCCUCAGUCCCGAUUCCAGCAGCGCUUCAAGCAUCUGUUCCUUCUCUCAUUUUUCCAGCCUGUACUGCAUGCCUGUAGCUGAGUGUUAAAUGCAGAAAUUGCUGAGGGGAAUUCUCCAAAGACACUUUUUCAAAGCCAGUGCAGCCCAGAAAAGGGGCUUGGCUUACACUGCUGCAGAGUCUGCACUGGCACCCGUCCACUUUAUGCAGCAGCCUGUUGACUGCAGUGGACUCUAAUAUACCUUUCACCUCAAAAAUCUCCGUGUGUCAGCCAAGGAAAGAGAUGUCCUCACUCCAAAUAGGGAAAGCAAAUAAUCACUGCCAAUCAGGGCAGAUGCUGUCAGCUCUGCAUCUGCAUACCAGCUGCUGAAUGGUAAUAAAAAGCACUCCCCUCGCUCUGGGUCAUGCUCUGGCCAGGAGAAUGGUUCCAAUGACAUUCUGGGCAGUUUUUCUCUGCACCUUGGCAGUAUCACUGCUCGGGGGGCUCUACGUUCUGGGAGCCUUUCGGAGACGAAGACCCAAUGAGCCGCCUCUGGACAAAGGCAUCAUUCCCUGGCUGGGUUACGCACUGGACUUCAGACAGGACAGUUCAGGGUUUCUAAGUAAGAUGCAGAGAAAACACGGAGAUAUUUUCACAGUGCUGAUCGGAGGCCAUUACUUUACCUUUGUGAUGGACCCCUUCUGCUUUGGAGCCAUCGUGAAGGAAUCGCGGUCUAAACUAGACUUUCUGACCUUUGCAGCUAAAUUGGUCCUCCGGGUUUUUGGCUACAAGUCCAACAAGGACAACAAUAGCGCUCUGCAUUCUUUUAACACGAAGCAUCUGAUGGGAGAAGGACUCAGUCUCCUGACACAAGCCACCAUGGAUAACUUCCAGAAGUUGAUGCUUUUCAAGCUGAGCUCAGGAGAGGAGAAGCAACCAUGGCAAGAGGCUGGCCUGUUCCACUACUGCUACAACAUUGUCUUCAGAGCUGGGUACCUGGCUCUGUACGGCACCGAGUCGUACCAAGGGACAGGGAACAAGGAGAAAGCUCAUGAGCAAGACCUCAUCCACUCCAACCAGCUGUUCACUGAGUUUCGGAAGUACGACCGCCUCUUCCCCCGCCUGGCCUAUGCCGUGUUGCCUCCCAAGGACAAAGUAGAAGCUGAGAGGCUGAAGAGGUUCUUCUGGGAUGCUCUGUCCGUGAGUAAGGACUCCCAGAAGGAAAAUGUCAGUAGGUGGAUAAGUGAACAAGACCAGUAUUUGGCAGAAAGUGGUGUCCCUGACUACAUGCGAGACCGCUUCAAGUUUAUGAUGCUGUGGGCAUCCCAAGGCAAUACAGGCCCUACUGCCUUCUGGCUCCUCUUGUAUCUCAUGAAGGAUCCAGAAGCUAUGAAGGCUGUGAAGGGAGAGGUAGAGAAAGUCUUGAGGGAGCAUGGCCAAGAAGUGAAGCCAGGAAGCCCACCGGUUAACAUCACCAGAGACAUGUUAGACCAGACUCCUUUUCUGGACAGUGCAGUGGAGGAGACCCUGAGGCUGGUGGCAGCCCCAAUCCUGAUCAGAGCCGUCCUCCAGGAUGUGAACCUCAAAAUGAGUAGUGGCAGAGAGUAUACUCUGCGCAAAGGGGACCGGGUGGCUCUGUUCCCACACCUCUCUGUGCAGAUGAACCCAGAAAUCCAUCCUGAACCUCACAAGUUUAAGUAUGACCGCUUUGUCAACCCAGAUGGAACCAAGAAAGAUUUUUACAAGAAUGGCAAACGGCUAAAAUACUUCAACAUGCCUUGGGGGGCUGGUGUAUCCACCUGUCCCGGGAGGUUCUUUGCUACAGCUGAAAUGAAAUUGUUUGUGUUCCUGAUGCUGACUCACUACGACCUGGAGCUGGUCAACGACAAAGAGGAGAUCCCAGCCAUAGAUUCGAGCCGCUGGGGAUUUGGAACCAUGCAACCUGUUCAUGACGUUCGAUUCAGAUAUCGGCCACGUGUUUGAGAAAGCUGUGGUGUGCUGUUUGUUCAGAUAUUGCUGUGAAAUAAACCGCCUGAGUUGUUGGCUGCUGGAUCCAUGUGGAGCCAAUGCCAAUGUGUUCUUAUUUGCUUAAC